AUAGGCGAAAACUAGAGAGAUUAAUCUGAUGGUGAAAGUAAUGUAAUAAAAUAUUAUACACAGGAAAUAACUACACAAAGUGAGAAGCCGUUACAAAGGCAUAAUCUGUAUCAGAACGUUAAAGUAAAAUGGACAGCUGACGAUGACAGAAUGUCCAAUAUUCAAAGUGAAUGGUGUCGCGUGCUAUGGAAAAAACAACCAUCGUAUCCUGACAAUUAUUUAGGGGACUCUUCUUUAAGAGUUAGCAAAAAACGGAAGGAAGUUUUGAUUUCUGAAGCCUUAUAUGGAGCUACAGCAGUCACCCAGGAAAUCUGCAGCUGUCUUGGGUUAGUUGCUAUCUUCUUUGGGUUGUCUCAAGGUGAGAUCCGAGCAUCAAGUUUACUGGUUGUUACAUGUCUUGUGGGUGUCACUGGGUACAUCAUUACUAACUCACAUCAUGCAGUAUCAGCCAGAGGUGAUGCUAAGUUGGUGUGUUUCUAUUUUGUGCUGAUUUCAUGCGCAACUCCUAUGGUCAAAAGUUUAACAGGAAGUGUUGCUACUGACACAAUAAAUGCCUGCACCACUGCACUGCUUUUGUUGAGAAUUGUCCAUCAAGACUAUGGAGUUUCUGUCGCUAUAGUGAAUCCUACUGUGUCACAUAACUUGGGAGUGUUUGCAUCUGUGUGUUUGGCAUCCAGACUUGGGAAAGACCAGGAUGUCUUCACCUUGAUCACCGUUGCAGUAAUGCUUUUUGCCCUCUUCCCAGUAUUCCGGAGGUAUUGUAGGGUGAAACUUGGAAUGACAAUAGACCUUCUAUUAACCACUUCAGUGAUAGCAGUUACAACAGUUGGGCUGUAUUGUUUUGCAUCUCAUCUAAUGUGCUUAUUUGUUGGUGCAUUAGUUAUCUGCAAUGGCAUCAUUCCCUCAUUAUAUGUUUACCUUCAGCAUUAUAAACAGAAUAUAUUUGGGCCCUGGGAUGAGGCACUCAUAGAAGAUCGAUGAUUACUGCAAAUUUUUAAAAUAUAAUUUUUGUAAGCAAUUCUGUGACUCCAAUUGGUAUUAAUGGAUGAUGUUUAGUUCCCAUCACAACUUCAAGAUGGAAAAUAUGUGCGCUCAGGAAAUUUAGGAAAGGUUUGUGCUAAGAGUACAUGUUCCCUUUUUCUAUUGAGGGGUGUCACUUUAAAUGUAGGCAAAUUCAGUAGUCCACCAACAUUUCCUAGUCAUUACUUUCACUUUUGUGCGCUAAUUUCACCUGUGUAAGUGUCAGUGGACUUCUGCAUUUCCUUCCCUUGCAGAAUACACUGCAAAUUGUACUGAAGGUUCUUUGUAACAUCCCCUCAGCUCCAGCUGCAUUCAUGUGAGUAAAAGUACUGUCUAAUUAUAUACUUCUUUAAAGUUGUCUAUGCCAAAAAAAGACUUUUCAUCAUAAUUUUAUGUUAGUUAUGUUUACAUAACUAACACCUAUUCCCAUCUUAUUCUUAAGCUCUUGCUGAUUAUUGACAGUUCUUGGUAGUUCUCUGUAGCUAGUUUUUUUUUUUUUGUGUUGAAGGUCCUUUGCUGCAUUUCUUUGGGCCAUGUUGCUUUUCUCGCAGCCUUUUACUCUUCAUCUAAUCCCCGUGGUUUCUUUCUACAUAGCUUUCCAACUACUUGAAAUUCACCUUGAUCCAACUUUCAUUUAAUUCAAAAAGGUGGUCUCAUUAGCCUGCAUGUGUCGACUAUGUGAAUGUGAGAGUGGCUGAAGUUUGUCCAUUGGAAUCAUUAUUUUUAUUCUUUUUGGUAGUAACUAUCAUUUUUCAUCAUAUUCUAUUCAAAUAAAAUGUAUUUAAUUCAUUGCUUUGUCCUAAAUUACAGUUGAAACUUUUGCCAUUUUUUUAUACAUAAUUUUUUACUGUAUAUAUAUAAUUUUGUUGAUGUUUGUAAUUUUAUCUCUCUUUUUUUGUAACAUCUUCACAAAUGUAAUGUUGAAAAAUCAAUGCAGUGGAUAUUGCAUCAUAUCACCACUUAUCAUGUUUCCUAGCCAAUGAGUGUAUCCUCCUAAAAUGUAACCGGAAAAUUUAUGUAAGAUGGAGUGUGUUGUUAAUUUUAAGAAUGAUGUAGCACCUCCUUGUUCAAAGUGAGGCACCUAAUGCCAAAGAAAGUCCAAUUUUAUACAAAUGAUCACUUGCAUUUUCCCCAGGCAAAGCAAAAACAGAGAAAAGGAAAUCAACUUAGUAAUAUUUAUUGCACAUGGCAAAUUUAUAAUGAAUGUUCAUACUACGUUAUUAAACGUGUCAAGUUAUUGACAACUUAAACCUUCAUUUGAUGAACCUAAUAUUGAAGUAAUAUAAUUUAUAUUUCUUAUUAAAUUUCUUUUCCAUGAUUUAGUUUCACCUACUGAAUUACUCUAUGCAUAAAAAUGUUGUCUGGUAAUAUUAGUAAGUGGUUUGGGAAAGUUUUAGGGAUUUUAGUUAUCUAUUUGUCAAAAAAAAAUGUUUUGAAAAUAAUUGUAAUGCUUCUCAACAUAAAAAUGUAAUAGUGCAUGUAUUUCAUCUGCCAGAGGCUGGGUAUUGAUUUUAUUUUUUUUCAGAGGCAGAGCACUAUUGUUUCUCACUGUAAUGAGUGGAGUCACUGCCUUGCUUGCAGUUUACCAGUCAUUCUUGUACUUUCAUAUAAAUCCUCUUUUCAUCUCUUUGAUAAGUGCCCACCAUAGGGUGAAGAGGCAUUAGGAGGGGACAGGAAACUGAUCUCAAUAAAUUCUCUGUUGAAGACAGUUAUUGCCAUGAAGUUUUAGAUGUAGGAGGGUUCCACUGAAGUUUAUUUUGUAGGGCUUAUUUUAGACCAAAGCCUGUAGUAUUAAGUGAAUCACCUUAUGAAGAUGAUCUUACAAGGAAAACUAAUAUUAAUAAGAGGAUAGCUCCAAAAGGUAAAGAUACAGGUAUGAUUUUCUGUUUUCUGAAGGAUUAUUAUCAUCAUUAUACUGUCACAUUAAAUUACAUACUAAACUCUUGAACAUUUACAAGAAUUUAAUCUUCAGUGAAUGUUUAAACUUGGAACAAAGUUUAAAAAGUAUGACAGCGAGGAGAAGAGACCAAAGGGAACAGAUAAAAAUGUUAGGCAGAAAUUAAUGCAGUUUGGAACCAAAGGAACACUGCAAAGAACCUUUAGCACUGUUUAAAGUGCACCUUACAAGGUACAUCAUAGAUGGUACUUUCAUCCAGUGUAAUAUAUUGGGACUCAGUGUAUUUUUUGUGUCAUUAGAUUACGUAUGUUAUCCUGUGGAAUAUCAUUUGUUUGUUUAUAUUUCUUAUUAUGAGAUCUGAUUCUAUCUUUUCAGCAAAGGUUUGUGUGUCUGUUUUUAUAUGAUCUAUGAUUUCUGUUUACGCCAUGAGAUUUGGCGGUUGUGUACAAAUGCCUCACUAAAAUUUCAUUCCUUAGCUAGAGCUUUCAAAUUUGCAUACAAAUCCUGUAAAGAUUCACCUUUAUGUUUCUUAAGUUGCUGAAACUUAAAGCUCUGUGGUAUGAAGGCUUUACAAUGAAAUGCAAUUUCAAAGUUUUCACUGUGUCCUUAUAAUCUACCUCAUACAGAAAAGUUGAGAGGGAGCAAGCAGUCCAAAUAUGUAAUACACUCUUUAUCAAAAAAACUUAUGAAGUUUUAAGCGAAGUAUUCUCAUUGUGGUACUGUAGCAUUUCUGGGUAGCUUGCUGGACCUUUACGGUUAAUUAAAAAUCUUCAUGCAGUAGUUAACACAUCCCUUUGUAUGAAGUGUCUUUGGAUAACUACAAUUCAAGGAGUUCAAGCGUCUGUAAAUUUUGGUAUAAAACACCAGUGUGACUAUCAUAGAGCUUUGGCAAUUCUUUUUGACUAUUAAUUUUUCAAGGUUAAGCAAUUUGGAGACUAUUUUUGACAAGCCCCCACAGCUUUAACAGAGGAUGUCUACUGACUGCAAGAUGAGUAAUUUGGAGAUCAGUACCCUCUGGUCACUUGGAUCAAAUUUUUUGUUCUACCAUUGAUGGGAUAUUGUUCACCUUUGUGGACAUAACUGUAUCCAUGAUUAUUUUAGUCUAGAAUUAUUUCACAUGUAAUUUUUCCCCACAAGGUUUUAUACCAUUCCCUUCAUAGGGCAUCUUCAGCAUGCAUUUGUGAACUGGCCAUUGAGCUUUGAGACAAAGAUACGCCAAGGUGGAGUUGAUGGGGUGUUAAUACAUACCCUUACUUAACCAGUGCUGUCCAGUCACUUUUCCUUCACCCAUCAUUGAGAGUAGGUGCUUUGCACGUCUCUCUUUUGUGUGAUUGUUGGAUUUGGGGGCAUACCCUCAUUCUUUUUUGGUUUACACCAUAAGAAUUGUGUUUUGGUUUCUUUGGUGCCUUUGUUGACUUGCUUUUCUGAAAUGGAGAAGAAAAAUGAGUAAAAUCAGUGUUAAGGACAGUGUGGGUGUUUCAUGUCUCUCACUAUUCCUUGUGUAAGGGAAAAGUGUGUUCAAUCUUCCAAUAAUUGGGGAUUAUACCCCACAGGGGACCCUGCCAGAUCCUUCAAGAUCUUUUCUUCGACCGGCCUCCAUUCCUUUGCCACCUCUGAAGAGUAUUUCAUCAGUUAAAAAGGAUUGCUUUCCUGCUCAUGGAGAACAACAGUCUUUCUUAACAUCUUCCACACCAGUGGAUCUAAAAGUGGUAAACAACUCUGUAAUAACUAAAUUUUACAUGUGAAGCACACCUGUAGAAGAAAUUUCCUUUUUGGUCAAGUUCGCAGCAAGUUUUUUAUGCACCUACAUCAUGCUGUACAGGGUUCAAGGUCUCAAGAAUUGAUAAUCUGAACUACUAUAUAACAGUAGAAAACCUUACUAAAGAUAUUCAGCAAACAGCAGGAUUAUCAAUCUCGUCACCAUAAUCAGCCAUAUUUCAUGCUAGUGAGUUUGUGAGUCUCCUGAGAAGCGGCUUGUUCAAGGGUGGGGGAGAGAAGUCGAAUGGCAGUAAAUAACCCGCCCGAAGGACAUCUACUACCCACUUCUCCGCCCCAUAACUCUGUCACUUGGCCCAGUAGUCCGCCAGGCAAACCCCCACCUGUGGCACAGGAGAGGGAGAGGUGCCUAACCUACCGACAACCCCCUUUACCUCUGCCUCUGGGGCCCCUUCUCGGCUUGAAGGAAUAGGAGUGAAAGGGACGUUGGUCCUCUGACCUAAGCUGGGACAAACAGGGAGGCCCUGCCAAAACCAAACUCCUUGACAGCCUACCAGGCGGCAACCUUUGUGACUGCUGCUGGGCAGGGGGAGGAGGAGAAGCCGGAUGUUUCCCGAGGAGGAGACUCUGACUUAAGACACAGUCUGGUGCACUAAUCAGUCCUUGGUGUCAGCCCGGCGCCGGUCUAUCACAUCCUUCAGCUCAGUCCGAGGGAACAGAAAUUGUGAUCCCAAAAGAUCUCCAUUCCUCAAUGCCAGCAAGGACUCGGGGUCAACUGAUCUUUCCGUCCUGGAUAAAGCUGCAUCUCUUCUAAUCAGGAGAAGGUUAGCCCUUAAAUUUACACUGAGGUGAGCAAUAUACGAGAACCCCUUGCCUCCGGACUGCAACAAACUGGCAAGAGAGGAAGCAUUCAUCAACCCCUCUGGGGACCUGUCAGAGGUUAUCUUGGCAAUGACCGCCGACCAGAAGUCCAGCCAAGAAACCGUCUGCAACAUGAAGGCUGCUGUAGACUCCAAUGCUGAGGCAUCCUGCAGAGACAAGGACGAAGCCACCGUCCUCAUCUACUCCAAAGUCAAUCCCGACUUCAGACGAAUGACGUCCAGGUUAAGAUGAUGCAACAUCAAGCAUGCAGAGUUUGUAGCACAGUACUUCCUAUGCCCCGUGAGAGGCGGGGGAAGCAACUUGGCAGAGCCUCUAGAGCAAAGCGAUCCGUCCCGAUCUGGAAUAGAGGCAUUAACCUUAUGUAAGACCGACUUGACAUGCCCCGACAAAGGAAGGCGAAACGAUGACUUGGGAUCCUGCGUAGCUCCCAGCAAGGCUUCCAAGCAGGAAGGAGUGAAAGACGACCGAGCCUGAGUCCUACUCUUCAAAUUGUUGAACCCAUGAAUGAGAUCGACAACUUCUGUAAAGGAAGACAAAAACUCUUGCAUGUCUCCCUCCUCCUGCUCCGGCAGCAGAGACUGACAACGAGAAGGAUGUGCAGGCUUAUCUAAAGUGCUUUCCUUGUGUAAAUUAACAGAAGAACCAGAAGUCAUACAGCCUGAAACACCAACUAACCUGUCUGGGCUGGAUCCAAACGCCAACUCCUGCGACGAACCAACCACAACACUAGGGACAUCACUACGCACUCUUCCAACAGAUGACUCUCUUAACAUGGCUCCAUACGAGCAUGUGUAGGGCGGACACACAAACGUGCAUAGGUGAGGAAUCUUGAACACUCGAGAUGGAAUGAGAAUCCCUCAGAUUCGAACCCCUGGAAGUACCAGGGAGGAGGGGCAGGAAAACACUCCUGCUGCACCAACCUCGCACUCACGAUCCUUGACCUCUUGACAGGUGCCUUGAGAUCAUUACGGCGAUGAAUAGGCCCUGGAGAAGGAGAAGCGGAAGCACCUGCAACAUGUGCACAAACGUGGGAGGUUGCAGCAUGCUCACGACUUGAUGCAGAGGACAAAGCAGCCACUACAGAUCGCACUGGGAAAGAAAGACUAACACUCAGAGGAACACGGGCAUGCUGCUCCUCACUCGCAGAUGAAGAAAGGGCAAAGUCCUUAGCCUUCUAACAAGCUUGAUACACCGACAUGGCGGAGAUGGUUGAGAAGGAGAGGAAGACAGCACUGGCUCCUUACGCAAUCUCUUCGCAGGAGGCAGGGGCGACGCAACGUGCUUGCUUCCAGUCCUCCCAGCUGACAUGGCAGGAAACCUAUCUUCUAAAACAGAGUCAAAUCUCUUAAGAAUCACCUGGUAUAAAGCCUCAGACGGAUCAGCAAGCUAAGGGGCUGACGAUAUGGAAGGGAGAUGCAGCAAACUGGAUGGCAGAGAUGACGUCACGGCAGCAAACGAUGACGACACAGAUGAGUGAGGCAGCGCAGCGGAGACAACUGGGAGAGAUGUCAUCGAUGGAAGUGAUGUCAUAAGCGGCGAUGACUUCACAGCUUCCCCUCAAUCCGAACAGGAAGCAGACGCCACUGGCGGAGAGAUACAAAAUGGCUGACCCCGUGACGUCACUAGUGGGGCUGACGCCACAGCUUCCCCCUGACUCGAAGAAGUGGCAAUUGUCACUAGCAGAGUACUACAAUAUGGCUGACCUCGGCUACCAACGAAGACGAGGCCAGGAGGAGGGGGGAGGGCCUGAACAGCAUGAGCAUCCAAGAAGUACGUCAGGAAACCCUCCAAGGAGGGUAGACCCCAUAGCCCAAGCGUCCCCCAGAGCGCCGCCAUUUUGGCUGCCUCCAAAUCUGAAAGAAAAGAAACUGAUGAAAAAGCCUCCUUCCUCCAGGGAAUCAAAUUAACUCUUGAGGAAGAGGGAGCAACAUUACAUAAAUCAGCCUGAGGGCCUCCCAAUACUUCCAACAAUGGAUCGAUGGUAGAAAAGGAAGGGGACAAAGGCACAACACUAGCAUGGGGUGUAACAACAGUAGGAGACGAAGCAUUG